GAGCCCCGCCGCGGGGCGGGCACAAAAGCGCCGCGCCCGGCCGCGCCGCCGGGGAGUUGGGCUCGGCGGGCCGGGGUUCAGCGCUCAGCGGCGCCGGGACGGGCGGCUGCCCCGGAGCUCGCAGGAUGCCGGCGGCUGCGCGGCGGCGCGGGGCGCGGGUGCUGUGGGCGCUGCUGUGGGUGGCCCUGGCGCGAUGCUACAACGUGGACGUGGGUCGCCCCGUGGUUUUUCAGGGUCCCAACGGCUCCUUCUUCGGGUACUCGGUGCUGCAGCACUACCACGACAGCACGCGGUGGGUCUUGGUUGGUGCUCCCAAGGCAGAAUCUAAAUACAGCACCUCUGUUCAGUCCCCAGGAGCAGUGUUUAAGUGUCGAGUCCAUACCAAUCCUGACAGAAGAUGCACAGAACUGGAUAUGGGUCGAGGCAAUUCUCGGGGCACGCUCUGUGGAAAGACCUGCAAAGAAGACAGAGAUGACGAAUGGAUGGGCGUGAGCCUGGCGAGACAGCCGAAGGCUGGUGGAAGUGUGCUGGCAUGUGCACACCGCUGGAAAAACAUCUACUACGAGACAGAGUACAUCCUGCCCCACGGCUUCUGCAACAUCAUUCCCCCUAACCUGCAGCCCAAUGGGAGGAAGCUCUUGCCCUGCUAUGAAGAGUACAAGAAGAAGUAUGGGGAGGAGCACGGCUCGUGCCAGGCGGGAAUUGCAGGCUUCUUCACCGAGGAGCUGGUCAUCAUGGGGGCACCGGGAUCUUAUUAUUGGACAGGAACUGUCAAAGUACUGAAUCUCACUGACAACAUGUAUUACAAGCUGAACGACGAUGCUGUGAUAGCCAGGCGGUACACGUACCUUGGAUAUGCGGUGACAGCAGGUCAUUUCUCUCAGCCAACUACCACGGACGUUGUAGGAGGAGCUCCUCAGGAUGGAGGCAUCGGAAAGGUUUAUAUUUUCAGAACAGACAGGCGAUCAGGCUCUCUAAUAAAGAUUUUUCAAGCUUCAGGAAAAAAGAUGGGCUCUUACUUUGGCUCCUCCUUAUGUGCAGUUGAUCUGAACUCUGACGGGUUGUCAGACCUGCUGGUCGGAGCACCUAUGUUUUCUGAGAUCAGAGAUGAAGGUCAAGUCACUGUCUAUAUCAACAGAGGAAAUGGAGUGCUGGAAGAGCAGGUGGUCCUGGGCGGUGACAGCGCCUACAACGCCCACUUUGGGGAGAGCAUGGCCGCCCUCGGCGACAUCGAUGACGAUGGCUUCCCAGAUGUUGCCAUUGGAGCACCUAAGGAGGACAACUACAUAGGAGCAGUAUACAUUUACCAUGGAGAUGCCAAUGGUAUUGUACCUCAGUACUCUAUGAAGCUGUCUGGGCAAACAAUAAACCCUAUGUUGCGGAUGUUCGGCCAGUCCAUAUCAGGGGGAGUUGAUAUGGAUGGCAAUGGUUAUCCAGAUAUGACCGUUGGAGCCUUUUUGUCAGACCAUGUGGUACUUCUGAGAUCCAGGCCUGUCAUUACUGUGGACAUCUCCAUUUUCCUGCCUGCGUCCAUCAAUAUCACAGCUCCUCAAUGCCAUGAUGGCUUGCAGCCAGUGAACUGCCUCAAUGUCACAGCAUGCUUUCGCUUCAGUGGCAAGCGUGUUCCUGGAGAAAUAGGUUUGAAUUAUAACUUGACUGCUGAUGUGGCAAAGAAGGAAAAGAGCCAGCAACCCAGAGUUUACUUUGUGACUUCUGGAGAGACACUGGGGCAGAUCACAGAGAAGUUACAACUGUCAUACAUGCAGGAAAAGUGUGAGCAUUACCUGGCAUAUGUCAAGAAAAGGGUCAAAGAUGUCAUAUCUCCUAUUGUAUUUGAAGCUGCUUACAGCCUUGGGGAACACGUGAUAGAAAGAGGAAAGGAAGACAAGGAACUACCUGCUCUCAAGCCCAUUCUCCGCUGGAAGAAAGGACAAAAGAUAGCGCAGAGGAAUCAGACUGUUUUUGAGAGGAACUGUCAAUCUGAUGACUGUGCUGCUGAUUUAAAACUUCAGGGUAAAUUAUUGCUGUCUAGUGUUGACGACCGAACUGCCUACCUGGCCCUGGGAGCGGUGAGGAACAUCUCACUUAACAUUUCCGUCUCUAAUGUCGGGGAUGAUGCCUAUGACACCAAUGUUUUCUUCAAUUUUUCUGGAGAGCUCUUCUUCAUCAAAAUGUGGCAAAAGGAGGAGCUGGGCAUUGCCUGUGAAUUGUUGGAAUCAGACUUCCUCAAAUGCAGCGUGGGAUUUCCUUUCAUGAGAUCGAAAUCUAGGUAUGAGUUCAGUGUGAUCUUUGACACAAGCCACUUGUCUGGGCAGGAAGAAAUGCUUACCUUCCUUGUCACUGCCCAAAGUGGAAACCUAGAACGGACUGAAUCUCUGCAUGAUAAUACUCUAACCCUUUCAGUACCCCUGAUGCAUGAAGUGGACUCAUCUAUCACAGGAGAAGUCUUCCCUACUUCAUUUUUCUAUGGCGAUUCUGUGGAAACAUCCAACUUUGUUCAGUUGGAAAACAAUGAAUGCCUUUUCCAGUCUCUCAACUUCACACUGCAGGUUUACAAUGCUGGACCAAGCACUCUCCCCGGAGCUUUUCUUGACAUUUCAUUUCCAAACCGUCUCUCUGGCACUGGAGCUGAAAUAUUUCACAUUCAGCAGAUGAUGGUUGGUCAGGACAAAGGAAGCUGUUCGUUUCACAGAAACCCCAGCCCAUGCAUCGUUCCUCAAGAGAAUGAAAAUAUUUUCCACACAAUAUUUGCUUUCUUCACAAAGUCUGGCAGAAAAGUAUUGGACUGUGAAAGACCAGGCAGGUCCUGCUUAAUUAUACGCUGCAACUUAAGUUCACUAGCAAAAGCAGAGUCCUGUGAUAUAAGUAUCUACACGCUGCUGAAUACUGAGAUACUGAAGAAGGAUAGUUCAUCGGUCAUCCAGUUCGUCACCAGGGCAAGGGUGCAGGUGGACCCUGACCUCAGAGUUGUGGAGGUGCCCAAUGGGAGCCCAGAAGAAAAAACAGUGGUCUUCGAGGCUUUGCACAAUCUGGAGCCUCGUGGGUAUGUUGUCGGAUGGAUCAUUGCCAUCAGUUUGCUGGUGGGAAUUCUCAUCUUCCUGUUGCUGGCUGUGCUCUUAUGGAAGAUGGGCUUCUUCCGCCGGAAGUACAAAGAAAUUAUUGAGGCCGAAAAGAGCAGAAAGGAGAAUGAAGAUAGUUGGGACUGGGUCCAGAAAAAUCAGUGAACUGCCCGCCAAAACAAAAGCCCAGUCAUGUGACACGCGCUCGCUAGCCUAUAGGUCCUGCUCUCUUAUCUUCCAUAUGUGGAAGAAGGAAUCUUCUCCAGAUUUUUCGGAGACCCCGUCGAUGCUGUGUCUUUAUCACUCCAACAAACUAGGGAACAUAUCCUGAGGCAACCACUGCAGCCAUGUCGGGUGACUGGAGCGAGUUACACUUCAUUUAAGAGCUGAACUUUGAACUUUGGUAACCAAGCUGCAGUGCAGAGCAAUAUUUAUGAAUCCAACUAUGUGGUAUACCCUCAGGGGAAGACUUACCUAAAAAUAUUUUUUAUAAAUAUAAGCUUUUUAUAUUAUGUCUUUAUAUUUGUAUCAAUGUUUUAUAGUUUCUAUUGAAUAGCUAUAUAGUUCACUCAAGCACUGAUAUCUGGCUAAAUCCAUGGAAAUACAUAUAUGUAUAUAUAAUUCCUAUUGUACUUUUAAACUUCAAUGCAAGAGAGAAAAGAGAGAUUUGCAGAUAAAAGUAGCUGAAAUCCUAUAUGCUUAAUUCACAAGGCUUGGUAAUGUUGUAUAUAGACAAUUUAACGGCAAGAAGCCAAAGUCUUUUCAUUAUCUCUUUUUUUUAAAAAAAUGAAUUUGAUGUUUGAUUCAUAAACUAAAGAACCUAAAGUAUUACACAGAUGUGGCGUUCUGUAUGAGUCUAUCCUUUACUGGCCUGAAUAGGAGAGAAUGAAAAUACUUCCUCAGUGGCAUUGUAGCAAGACUUGUAGCUUGAUUUGCUCGCAUCACAGAAUCUUUUCCUUUGGGAAGUUAUCUCUUGCAGUCUCUAGUGCUUCAAUAAUGAUCUAGGACUGUACAGUUGAGAUACCAGAAGGAUAUAAUUGCCCAAUGACUAUGGCAUUGACAAAUUCCUUGAAAUUAAGAAAAAAAAAUGAAAUGGAGCCAUAUUAAUAUUAAUGUUAGUAUUAAGAAGGAUGGUUUUUAAGCUACUGUUAAUGAUUGUGAUCUGUUGCUAUCAAAGCAAGUGAUAAAUUUUUACAAGCUAUGAGCAUCAGGCCUGCCUUGUGAGUUUUAUACACGAGUCGUGAGUUUGUUUAUGUGAUAAUUUUAAGAGAGAUAAGAGGAUGCAAGGGUAAAAUGUUUGGAUCUUUGGACCUUAGAUUCUCUGUCUGGGUGUUGCUAAUACUGAAUGUCAUCCUUCCUCAAGCAUUAAGAAGGAAGUUUAGUCAAGGUGCAAACGUUAUUGGAUCUCAGAUCGACACUUUGUUCCUUAGCAAAUAAUGUUUUGAAUUAGAAAAAACUUAGUUGUAAUCAAUUCAACCGUGUUUCUUCUAAAAGCUCUUGGAUUUCUGAAUAGAAAUAGUGGCACUCUGUAAGACUUGGGUUUAGAUUCCACUUGUACUUUGCACCUUGUGUAAAUAAGAAGUAAAUAUCACGUUGGUAUAAAAUCCAUGUAAGGGAAAGAAGAGUUGAGCUCUGUUGUAGAAGGUGAAGGAGAAACAGGAAUGAAUUCUUGCAGGAUGUCUCCUUCCAUAAAGGUAAGGUAAAAGAACUGUGGGAAGUUUGGAAACUUGAAUGCAGAGAACGUGCAAGAAAUCUACUUGAGAACAGGCCUUAUCCUUUCUCUUCCUUGCCAAAUUCAUUGUAGCUUCAAAUGUUAAAAAUUAACCAUGACCAUAUUCCUAUUUGCUUGCCCCCCCACCACUCCCCAGCAUUAAGUGCCUGCUGUCACUACAGUAUUGAUCAAUAUUUAUUAACUAUCUGCACCCAUUAGAUGGAAGAUGUUUUUAAGUGAAUGAAGUAUAUUGAUCCAUCGUUUGACAAGAAAAGCUAUAAUAUUAGUUUGUUCAGUUAUCUUUUUUAAAACAGUCAUUAGUGAUUUAACAGGCUUCAUAUAGCAAAUGAUCGUUGAAGCCAGAAUCUGAAAAAAACUGCUGAGGCAAAAUCCUGUUACGUAGGACUGUCGAUUUUUCAUCAGAGUGCAAAAAAACGAAAGGCUGAUGGCCUUGGACUGCACUGUUGUCUUAGAGGCUAUUGAAUUAAUUACAGUAUGAUAUUUCUGACAUCAGUUAGUUUUGCUAGUAUUUAAACCUAACGUAUCUAUAUUUGCUGUUGUUGAGAAGUACCUAAGGCUGGCAGAACUUGGACAUGAGACUGAUUCACAACUAUAAAUUGAAUAAGAAAUUGCUUAAAAUUCUUACUGCAAAGAAGUCAAUUUAUGUAGCUGUAAAAAUUUUCAGUAUCUGCCCUGUCUAAAGCUGAACCAAACAGUAAAUUUGCUGGAAAAAUAAUUCAGGGGACAAGUGAAAUUGUUUGUGAAUUUAGCCAAAUUUGAAAGUUUCUGUUUAAAAAGAAAAAGGGAGGAAAUUCCCUUUGAAUAGUUGAAAUGCCUUCUUUCCACUUUUUAAACAAAGAUUUACCUUCAGAUCUGCCAAUAGUGAUUAGGUAUUCCACUGAAACAUCUUUUUAAAUUUUAUGAGGAAAAUAGUUAAAAAAGGUAAAAUAUCCAUUUAGCAUUUCAUAUUUUGUUGGACAUUUUUUUUGUUUUGGCUCAAGGCAAAAAUUCUUUUUUCUUAUUUGGUUAAAGUAAAUAAUAAUUUUUUAAAAAAGUAAAACCUAUUUGAUGGAGCCCACACUGGACUUUUUUGAUAUCUGACUUGAAUUGUCUACUAUUGAUCUGCCACAAGUUGUUGCGCAGUGAAAGAUCUGUUUGUUGGCCAGAUUAGUGACAUAUUCUUGAAAUAACCCAUACAUUCUUAGUAUCAUCACUGUUAGGUACUCAAUAGUUCUGUUGUCAUAGAUGCUUUCUUUUUAGAUGUAUACUCCUCAGAUUUUUUUUACAUGGUUCCAGUUAAGAUAGUAAGAUUUGCCAACAAAAUGUACCAGUACUUAGUAAUAAAAUCCUGUAGAUGCACCUUUCCACUUCUUAAAAAGCAACCAAACAAGCCAAACAAAAAACCCCACUCGUAUCAGUUGGUUGCCAUCUGUUUCUAACCCCAAAACCUUAUGAAAACCUAGUAUACAUCAAGAAUGUGUAGAAAAUAGCUGUGCUGUUUUGCUAUAUGGUGUUUGGGUUUGUUUGUUUGUUUUUAAGAAAUUUAAUAAAUGUAUCAAAAUCUGGAGACAUGGUUACUUUGGAAAUUGCUUCUAGGACUCUGGAAGUUGCCACCUGUCAGCUGCAUGUUAAUUCUUUUGUGAAGGAAAUGCUGCUUGCACAGCAGAGCUUGGGGGAGUCAUUGUACCAGUUUUCUCCAGUUAAUCCAUUUUGGGACAAAGUCAUCAAUUGUCUUGAAGAAUUUUGUUGAAAGGUUUGCUGAACUGGCAUUGGUUUGGGUUUUUUUAUUCAGCAAGCUCAGUUCACACAGGCUCUGAGCUCUGCAGGUGGAAGAUUAGAAGUGGGGCAGUAACAUUUUCAAAUACAUUAUCUGACACCUGAGAGAUCUUUUAAACCCUGAAGCUUGCAAUGUGCAGGGUGUCUUCCUAUGGAUAGUACCCUUGUUGGUUUUAGGGUAGGAAGAAAACAGUCUCAGAAAAACAAGACCAGGAAGAAAGGCGGGGAAGCGGGGGGGAAGAAUGAAGGAAAAAUUCAUUUAAUGCAGAGCCCAUGCUGUUGCAAACCCAUUUAUUUUCCAUCUUGAAUUCAAGAAGAUUACAGUGAUUUCAGAGUUUUGGUAGACCACAGCUCAGGGAUGAAUUUCACUUGAGCCACCUUUUCAGUGUAUUUUGUGACCAUUUCAUUUGAAAACCAAGAGUGUGCUCCUGGUGAUGAAUUUCCGUGAGUUCACCCCAAGCAACAGCAGGGCUAGUGUACUCUGAGGCUGUCACUAGUAUGCUCUGGUAAUUAGCCAUUGUAACUACCAAUAAUACAAGCUAUGUUUUUCUAAAUAACAUAGUUUUCAGUUCAUUCAAUUACAAUAAAGUCAGUAAACCGGAGAAAAUACUGGAGCAACCUCUGAAUUGAAGUCACCUCACAUUUCACUUGGAUUAUCUGAGAGAAAAACAGUGCUCGAUGUGAACCCCAAGCCUGUAGAUCACCUAAGUAAUCCUUUCAUCUCAAAGUGGCAAAGCCUUUUGCGAUGGCGAGCAUUCCGGUGAGGACAGCCCUCUCUGUCUUGAUACACGAAUGGGAAAGACCCUACAUACAAGUCAGUGAUGUGCAGGUAACUUAGCUUGCUGAAGGCAACAGUUGUGUAAAGAUUGUGUUUGGUAAUAUUUAGCAUCGACUUUCUUUAAUGUCUUCUGUUUAUGGGCACAUUUUGGAGUCUUGCACAGGUUUCAAGCGUAGUAUCCAUGUGGCGUGGGAAUAUAUGAUGUUGUUUCACUAAAGGAUUAAGGAAGUCAUGGAACUUAUUUCUACCUUUGUCCAAGUUCAUCCGCUUGCUAGGGUUUCUUGGAUAUAAAUGAAAGUAGGAUUUGGUUCAUUUAGUGUACGUUGAUUAAACUGGCAUGAAGACUAUAAUUGCUUUUGAGCAUGGUUUGCAUAUGCAGUAGGGUACCCACACCAUUGUCACUCCUUUUUCUUACGAUGUCACUCCUUAUGUAUCGUAAAAUUGUAUGUUUCUUUUUUGUGAACUUGUGGUUGGAAGAAUGUGUUCACUCUUAUUGAAGUCACCUGUAUUUAGAAGCUCGUGUUCACCUGUAUUCUAAUUCACUUGCACUGUUUUGGAAAUGUCAGGUUUACAAAAAUACAAUUUUUUGGAAUAAAAAGUGGCUGCAAAAUUAUCCUAAAAA